GCUAGCGUCCGCUCCCGCUGGCUGUUUGUGGCUCAGAGAGAAGAGAACACCUGUUGUUUCCGUCGACGCCUGGAAUCACAAUGGGUUGUGCAGCCUCAGUCCGCAGUGACGACGCACUGCGUCGACUGGAGCAGCACCAACUGGACCUUUGCCGAGUGCGCACAAAGGGUCCGAGAAAAUCCAUGGAGGGUCACACGUUGGGACGACCAGAUCCGCAUACGUCCGGAGCUCGAAGAGCCCCUGCGACACAGAAGCCGGCGGGUCCAAAAGCACCGCCGGCGAACUGGACAUCUGUGAUGAUGCCUGGCAUGGUGAUUGAUGGUGCAGACACAGUUGACCUCAAUGCUGCCUUGGUGGAACACACAAGCUCCUUCCUCACAGAGCGCUGGCCAGAACCUCCCAAUGGCAUCAAAGCAGCGUUCCCGCCAAAUCGCAUGACGCAUGAAUGGCAUUUGGCAAAGCUUGAUCGGUACUUGGAGAAGGUCGAGAAUGACCCUGGUUUGAUCGGAGAGGCAGCGGGACUCAAACGAUGGGAACUGGAAGCAGUUCAAGGUCAGCAUGCUGCACAGUGAGAGUGAGUGGUUUUCAGAAGCCACGCCUUUGCCCGACAUUUGCAUAUGGCCUCAAUCCAGGUUCUUGAGGUGUAGAAAAUGUGGGGAUUUUCUCCG